CCGGGUGCGGUUCCGGGUCGUGUCGCGGCUCGGGGUAACAGGGCUGCUGUUGCCGGCCGGCGGCGGCGGGGUCAUGAGGGCGAGUUUGGGGCGCGGCAGCCGAGCCGGCCGGUAGAAGCGUCGGUCCUCGAGGUGCAGGGGCCGAGAGGCGUGGGGAAGCCGGGGCCUCCCUCAGGGACGUGUCCUGGGCGAGGCGGCCCAUAGUGUGGAAGCAGCUUCAGGUAAAGGUUGCCCCAGCCGCCGCCCCCUGGCCUGCGGCACCCUGUGGCCCUCAGCACCCUGCUGCCCGCGCUGCCCAGCGGCCGCCCGUCGGGGCCGUGCUCGGUGGCCUGGGAGCAUCGUUUCCUGGCCCUUCCCGAGCCUGACAGCUGGGUGUGUGACUUAGCCAUGAGACUGUGAACUGCUAAGUGCAGGUAGGUGAGUCCGUGAAACAGUAUGAAGAGGAGAAAAUAGCCUUUUAAAGAAACUGGCCCACAGAAAGGAUGGCCUUCUUGGACAAUCCAACUAUCAUUUUAGCUCAUAUUCGACAGUCACAUGUGACCAGUGAUGACACGGGAAUGUGUGAGAUGGUUCUCAUUGAUCAUGAUGUUGACCUAGAGAAGACUCAUCCUCCUUCAGUGCCUGGAGACAGUGGGUCAGAAGUUCAGGGAAGCAGUGGUGAGACUCAGGGCUACGUGUACGCCCAGUCUGUCGAUAUUACCUCAAGCUGGGACUUUGGUAUUAGAAGACGCUCAAACACAGCUCAAAGAUUAGAACGACUCCGCAAAGAGAGACAAAACCAGAUCAAAUGCAAAAAUAUUCAGUGGAAAGAAAGAAAUUCUAAGCAAUCAGCCCAGGAGUUAAAGUCACUGUUUGAAAAAAAAUCCCUCAAAGAGAAGCCUCCAAGUUCGGGCAAGCAGUCCAUAUUGUCGGUACGCCUGGAGCAGUGUCCUCUGCAGCUGAAUAACCCCUUUAAUGAGUAUUCCAAGUUUGAUGGCAAGGGUCAUGUGGGUACAACUGCAACUAAGAAGAUCGACGUCUACCUCCCCCUGCAUUCAAGCCAGGACAGACUGCUACCAAUGACCGUGGUGACAAUGGCCAGCGCUAGGGUGCAAGACCUCAUCGGGCUCAUCUGUUGGCAGUAUACGAGCGAAGGACGGGAGCCAAAGCUCAAUGACAAUGUCAGUGCCUACUGCCUGCAUAUUGCUGAGGAUGAUGGGGAGGUAGACACAGAUUUCCCACCGUUGGAUUCCAAUGAGCCCAUUCAUAAGUUUGGCUUCAGUACUUUGGCCCUGGUUGAAAAGUUUUCAUCUCCUGGUCUGACAUCCAAAGAAUCACUCUUUGUUCGAAUAAAUGCUGCUCAUGGCUUCUCCCUGAUCCAAGUGGACAACACAAAGGUCACCAUGAAGGAGAUCCUGCUAAAGGCAGUGAAACGACGAAAAGGAUCCCAGAGAAUUUCAGGCCCUCAGUACCGCCUGGAGAAGCAGAGUGAGCCUAACGUCGCAGUGGACCUGGAGAGCACGCUGGAGAGCCAGAACGCCUGGGAGUUCUGCCUGGUCCGCGAGAACAGUUCAAGGGCAGACGGAGUUUUUGAGGAGGAUUCACAAAUUGACAUCGCUACAGUACAGGAUAUGCUUAGCAGCCACCAUUACAAGUCAUUCAAAGUCAGCAUGAUCCACAGACUGCGGUUCACAACUGACGUGCAGUUAGGUAUCUCUGGAGACAAAGUAGAGAUAGACCCUGUUACGAAUCAGAAAGCCAGCACUAAGUUUUGGAUUAAACAGAAGCCCAUCUCAAUCGAUUCUGACCUGCUCUGUGCCUGUGACCUUGCCGAGGAAAAGAGCCCCAGUCACGCAGUAUUUAAACUCACGUAUCUAAGCAGUCAUGACUAUAAGCACCUCUACUUCGAGUCCGAUGCAGCCACAGUCAGUGAAAUCGUGCUCAAGGUCAACUACAUCCUGGAGUCUCGAGCAAGCACUGCCCGGGCCGACUAUUUUGCUCAAAAACAAAGAAAACUGAACAGACGUACAAGCUUCAGCUUCCAGAAGGAGAAGAAAUCAGGGCAACAGUAACGCUGGCCUCCAACCUGUUGCCUCAAUCCAGGUUGCCUGCAGGGCCAAGUGACCCUGGAGUCCACCUUCAUCCUGCAGUGCCUGAUCUCACAGGCAUAGGGCUGCUGGGCUCUGGGGAGAGGGUUAGAAGUAGAGGUGCCCUACUCUGGAGUCUGGGGACAUUGCCAUUGGACUGAAACCUGGCAAUGGCUGUAAGUAGCAGUGCCCAGGAACCAGACACCUCCUGGAGAAGCCACGCGCUGCCCAACCAUGUUCACUGCCUGGCAGUCCCACCAAGGAUGUACAUAGCCAUGCCAGACAGCUCCUUGCAGCUUGAUCAAAUUUCUUAAAGCAAAGAAAGAACAAAAAUGUACAUUUCUUUUUUUCCUUUUAAUAAACAGGUUACUCUUUA